CAAGUGCUCCAUAUUGAUGAUCUCAGUGAUAUAAUAUGUAUAUUGAAAUAAUGCAAGUAGUCUGGUAACAUGAAAUGGAGAGAACACACAGCCAUAAUAAUACAAAACAUAAUGCCCCACCAACAAUAAAGAAAGACUCCAUUUAAAUGCUCAACUCAAAAACUUCAAAACCAAAAGCAUCUGAUCCAGUCUUUCAUAUACUUUAUUUUGGAAAAAAAAAAAGAUUAAAAAACAAUUUCUGCUUCUGUCCACCCCAAUAGUCAAUAAUUGAUAAUUCAUCAGAAUAUUUUUGAGUGAAAGCUACAAAGACCACAGAAUUGAACAAUUAGCAAAUUCAAUAUAUAUACAUCUAAUCUCCUUGUUUUCCUGUUGGAUUCACCAAGUAAAAUGGCUGCAUCAUCUCAUUCAUCUGUCCCUCUCAUGAAGCUAGAAUUACCACCAAAACCAAUUCAAGAGAUGAUUAAAACUAUAGGCAAUCAAAUCCCAAAAAGAUACAUUUACCAGCCUUCAGACAAAGCACCUGAUACAUCUGCGAUUGGAUAUAUGGAUAGUCCCAUAAUUGAUCUCAACCUUCUUUCAUCUUCAUCAUUGCACCAACACGAAGAAGAACUGCGAAAACUGCAAUCCACUCUGAGUUCCUGGGGUUGUUUUCAGCUUACAAAUCAUGGUUUGACAAGCUCGUUACUUAACCAAAUCCAAAAGGUUGAUAAGGACUUCUUUGCUUUGCCACAAGAAGUGAAACAGAAGUAUUCUAGAACUUUACAAUGGGUUGAGGGAUAUGGAAAUGAUACGGUUACUGAGGAUCAAAGUUAUAGCUGGAGUGAUAGACUGGUACUCAAAGUUUAUCCUAUUGAUCAGCGAAACUUCAAGCUUUGGCCUGAGGAAUUACCAAAUUUUAGGGAAACAUUAGAUGAGUACACCAAGGAAGUGAGGCGGGUGCUAGAAAUGAUCCUAAAGGCCAUCUCAAAAUCACUCAAUUUAGAAGAAGAUAGGUUCUUCAGAGAGUGUGAAGCAGAGCAGAACAUAUAUAUGCUAGCAAGAUUCAACUAUUACCCUCCAUGUUCAUCCUCAGAUCAUGUUUUCGGCCUCAAACCACAUUCUGAUGCUUCAGCAGUUACCAUUCUCUUACAAGACAAAGAAGUUGAAGGUCUUCAAGUACAGAAAGAUAACCAGUGGUUUAAAGUUCCCAUUGUUCCUGAUACCCUUUUCAUCAAUAUUGGAGACCAAUUAGAGAUAAUGAGUAAUGGUUUAUUGAAGAGUGCAGUGCACAAGGUAGUGAUAGAUAAGGAGAGAGAAAGGACAUCUGUGGCUAUUGCAUGUUUUCCGCAUACAGAAAAAGAGAUAGGGCCUUUAAGUGAUCUGAUAAACAAAGAGAGACCACAGCUUUACCAGAAGGUCAAAAACUACGUUAAAACGUACCUCCAAUACUCUCCAACAGCAGAAAGAGCCAUCAAUGCAAUGAAAAUUUAAGCAUUGCAGACUCUGGAUCGGGGAUCAUGAGCGUCUUUCAGAAUUUGACAUUUCUUAUAGUCUUUAUAUACGUAGUAGUUAGGAAUAAAGCUGCAGAUAUUUGGAUCCCCCAAACUUUAUAUUAAUGGAUAUAGUACUGAAUAAUUGCUGUAACCUAAGUUCCAAUUCAGUGCUGAAGUUCUUAUUA